CUGGAGAGAAGGGAGAAGCAGAACUCAGCAUUUGGCUGAUAUUCAAGUGCACACCGAGCAGCGCUCCAGGCAGCCUUGGGUCAGAACAAGCCCAUUUGGAUUUGAAGCGAAUGCAGGGGCCAGAGCGGGUCACCAGCUGCCAGCGCGGGGGCGCGGCUGACCACACACGCUAAGACGCAGAGGCCCAGGAGCCGCGGUUUAGGCAAUGUGACCCUGGCGACCCCAAACGCCCCCGCCUCCCUCGCUUCUGCUCCACCUGCACGCGGAGCGCGGAGCAGCCAACGGAGGCUAUGGCCAGCCCUGCGCCCUUAGUGGCCUCCAUCAGCCACCAAAUGGUGGCUUUGCAGACUCUGCAGCUGCUACAGCAGGAGUGGGGCUGGGGGGAUGGUCCAGGCGCCCCCGGGGGGCCGUGUGACCCGGACCACGUGCCCACAGCCCCAACCCGUCGCUCAGGCCCAGUGAGAGCCAGGCCGGGGCCGGGGCGCGAGGAGGGGGCAGGGGCUGCCAGGAUCCGAGGGGCCCGGGCACGGGCGAGCUCCCCCGAGGUUGAGGGGCUGCGAGGCGCUGAGGGGGGCGCGGAGCUGCUGCCCUUCCCUCGGGAUCGCGGGCCCUGCACCUUGGCCCGGAUGGCGAUGCGCAGCGCGCUGGCUCGCGUGGUGGACUCGACCUCGGAGCUGGUCAGCGUAGAACAGACGCUGCUGGGACCUCUCCAGCAAGAGCGGUCCUUCCCUAUCCACCUGAAGGACAGUGUUGAGUUUAGGAACAUCUGCAGCCAUUUGGCUCUACAAAUCGAAGGACAGCAGUUUGACAGAGACUUGAACGCUGCCCACCAGUGUUUGAAGACAAUAGUCAAGAAGCUGAUUCAGUCACUUGCUAAUCUGCCUUCAGAUACCCACGUGGUGGCCUGUGCUUCUUUGAGACAGAUCUUAAAGAAUCUCCCAGACACAUGAAUGUUAAAGACAUCAAGAUUAAAGUCACAGCGAGUGCUGCUAAAGAGAACUGGAUACCUUAUUUUCUUAAUUCCAUCAGCAGACAAUGGAU